AUGAAAUUAUUAGACAACUCUUUAGACUAAGACAGCCCUGAUGUAUAUUAUGAAUCAACCAGUCGAUAUUUCUAAUUAAUACUGUUUUUGGGAGCUUUGGUUUCUAAUAUCAUGUUUGGAUUUUCGUUAUCUCCAAUCACAAAAGAAAUUUCAACUAUAUAUGGAGUUUCCUAAACGUAAGACUUAUGAUAGAGAACUUAGGUGGCUCUAAUUGUUGAGUGUGAGCUUUACCCUAUUCUCAGCAAUUAUGAUUAUCCCAGGGAAUAUUUUAAGCGAAAAAUACGGAAUAUAAUAUAAUAUCAAAUUAGGUAUAUAUGGCAUAAAAAUAAUCAGGUUGCCUUCUCACAUUUAUUGGAUCAUUAAUGGCAUUGUUGGUCAAUUACUCAUUCUGGUGGCUCUACUUGGGCGAAUUGGUAUCUUUGGUUGGAUUCCCAUUCCGUUUGAUAUCGGCAUCUAAAUUCACAGCCAAUUGGUUUUAUCCAAAGAACAGGAUUAUCAUUAUGGUUAUCAUUGCUCUUCUUUUCAAUUCAAGCACAGGGAUCUCCAUAAAGAUCCCCCUGUUCAUAUUUGGUGACUACGAUGUCGAACUAGAUGCCUUAAACGAUUAUUCCUAAGGCAGAACCUACGUCUUUUAAUUGAUGGCCUUUCUCUCAGGGAUAAUGUUUAUUACAACAGUCCCAGCUUUAUUUUUCUUUAAGGCUAAGCCCAAACAUCCGCCUUCCUAUAGUGCAUCUGAAGUACAAAAUCAUAAAUUACCUUAUUAUAGUAAUGCGUGAGAGAGAAUUACACUAAAGCUGCCAGGAUGUUGAUAAAGAAUCCUGAUUAUUUGAAAUUGGCAUUUGCAUUCUCAUUGAUAUUGGGUCCGGUCUUGUUGCUCACAGUGCAAAUGGAGUUUGUUGUUAAACCUUUUGGAUAUAAUUUGGAAUAAAUUUCUAAUGUUAUUUUAGUCGGAGUGAUUGCAGGGUUGAUUGGAGAUGUUGUUGUAGGAUCCUUUGUGAAGAAGCUAGGCAAAUACAAAAUAGUAUUGCAAAUCUGCAAUGCCUCAACUACCUUUUUCUAUGGAUUCCUCAUAUUGAGUUUAGUUAUCAAAGCACAUUGGCUAUUUUACAUUUGCUAUUUCUUUGUUUGUCUUUGUUCGAGUAUUUUAGCAUUGACAUUCGAAUUUUCAUGUGAAAUCAGCUUCCCAGUAAGCGAAACGUCUACUAUAGCAUAUUUAGGAUUGGUUGGAAAUGGAUUCAACUUCCUAUAAGCUAUCCCUGAAAUUCUUAUACUUCAAGUAAAUAAUUUAAGAAUAUUUAGAUUGGCACUGAGCUCACUUCGAUUGUUACUUUGAUAAUCAUGUUUGGAAUAGGGUUGUUUGGCAAUUUUAUUUCAUAUUCUAUAAAUGAAAAGCUGAAAAGACAAUAAGUGGAUAACCUUCAUGAUACGAAGUAAAACUUGGAAUCGCAAUGCGAUACUGACUGAUUUUAUUUGUAC